AUGCUCCAUUUCCGCACCGAGGGCUACAAUGGCUAUGCGGUCAAAUACUCCUCCUUCUUUGACAACCGACUAGCCGUCGCUUCGUCUGCCAACUUUGGCCUCGUCGGCAAUGGCCGCCUAUAUAUCCUCGAACUGACGCCAAACGGCAUCGUCCCGGCCAAGUGGUUCACGACCCAAGACUCCCUCUACGACCUCGCUUGGUCCGAAAUUAAUGAACACCAAGUCCUCGCCGCCUCCGGCGACGGCAGCAUCAAGCUCUUUGAUAGCACGCUCAACGACUUCCCCAUCCAAAACUGGAAGGAACACAAUCGCGAAGUCUUUAGCGUCUCCUGGAACCUUGUCGCAAAGGACACCUUUUGCUCCUCGAGCUGGGACGGCACCGUCCGCAUCUGGUCGCCCAACCGACCACACUCCCUCGUCACCCUCCCAACACACAGCUGCACGUACUCGGCCUCGUUCUCGCCGCACUCGCCGGAUAUCCUUUCCUGCGUCUCGUCCGACUCCUACCUCCGCCUCUAUGAUCUCCGGACACCCGCCUCAGCGUCAAACCACCUGACGCUCCAGAUCCCAAUCCACGCCGCACCCGUCUCGCCGAUACCGGGCAAGGCCGGAGCCCCGCCCGCAGCAUGUCCGCCUUCCGAAGCGCUCACACACGACUGGAACAAGUACCGCCCGUCGGUUGUUGCUGUUGCCGGCGUCGACCGGACGAUCCGCACGUUUGAUAUCCGGGCGCCGCAGCAGGGACCGCAGGUUGUAAUGGUGGGGCAUGACUAUGCCGUGCGGCGGGUUGCGUGGUCGCCGCAUCUGUCGAAUGUGUUGCUGAGCGCGAGCUACGAUAUGACAUGUCGCGUUUGGAGCGAUCAGUCGCCUGCUGGGGUCGUUGGGGAUACGGAUUUGAUGCGCUCUGGGCCGUCGCCGGUCAUGGGUGCUGAGUUGGGGAGGAUGAAUCAGCAUACGGAGUUUGCGACGGGGGUGGACUGGUGUCUGUUUGGGAGUGAGGGGUGGUGUGCGAGUGUUGGGUGGGAUGAAAGUGUUUAUGUAUGGGAUGUUCGUGCUGUCAUGAACUAA